AUGCGGGCCAUUGAAGCAGUGGCAGACUUGGGCGCUCUGAGCAAAUGGGCGUGUGAAUAUCACAUCGCAUCAGAGGCCGCGGAGCCCAGGAGAAGAACUCGGGGAGCAUCGAAGCCCACUACGGAGCAUGCCGGAGGGACUCCGCGUCUGUCUCGGGGUAGCACACGCGAAGGAAUCGACUCCUGGAGCGGCUCCAUGGAGAGAAGCAACUCCCUGAAGAGGGACGAGGAGCGGGGCUUCACCGGUUCAGCGUCCACCACGCCGAAGGGUGAGCUGAUGUGUCGGAUCCCAAGCAGAGGAUCCUUGGCACGUUCUUCCAGAAGUACCAAGGAGCCCUUGCCAAGCAGCCCACUUGCGGAGAGCGAGGAGAUGGUUGGCCAACGACGCGGCUUGAACCUCGAGUUGGAAGAUCGGGAGGAGUCUGGCACGUUGGCACUGCGCGAGGAGACUUCCUUGGCAUUGGCGACUAGGUCGGAGGAAAUGGCGCUGGUGCCUGUGGCACGGCCAUCGCCCAAGACGCGGCGGAUGAAGACGGAGUUGCUUUCCACUCACCCGUGGCUCAAGCAGCUCCAGCAGAGGUCCUUGCACGGAUCUGUGCCGGGUUCUCCGAGUGGUCUUAGCCGUCCGGGCGACACCCGCUGGCUUGGAGGAAAGCAGGCCUCCUCGACAUCGAGCCUGCCACCUUUGGACAACUUGCAGAUUCAACUCCACGAUGGGCAACAAAUGGAGUUGGUGGCCUAUGCCUCUCGAACAGCUUCCCAUCAAUCGGUCCCAGGAGUGCAGGAGGAGUCGAGGGCUGUGGGCAGGCUUUGUCGGGAAAUGACAUGGAGCAGCAAAGAUGAGAGGGAUCUCCUCGGCGCCGUCGUCGCACCCGCCGACAGGCAACGACAAGAGCAGGGGCUACUGCCACAGAGCAUCCGCUCUAUGGACUACUGGCGAGCCACGGAGCUGUUCCACCUCUUUGACCGACGGACAGGUGAGCUGGACAAGCUGGGCUUCUACCACCUGCUGACGGCCGCCUCUCGGGACCGCGAAAACAUCGCCCGACAGCGCAGUGAUGCGAUCUUCGACGAGAUCGACAUCGACGGCUCAGGGAAGAUCGACAAAGAGGAGUUCUUGGGCUGGGUCUUCCAGACCAACAACAGCUUCCUCAGCUCAGUGAGGAGGCGGUUGGAAACCAUGGACCAAGUGAAGGUGAAAGCCUUGUUCGAGCAGUUGGACAAUGAUGGCAACAAGGUCAUCGACAGAGAUGAGUUCUGGGAAUUCGUUGAGAAGUUUAGUCCCGGGAUGUUGUCUCGGUCUGCAAGCGACGAGCUGCAUGAGUUUAUUGACGCGGACAAGUCCGGCGGCAUCGAUGUGGACGAGUUCCUGAAUUGGGUGCAUCCUGGGCGGGAGCUCAAGAUGCUGCGUGCAGAGGUGCGUGAUGACAAGGCGAUUACUGGCAAGGUAGCGGUGGGGAUGGUAGCGGUGGAUGAGAACUCCUACGUGGCCCCCAAAAAGCCACUCAUGGAGACAGAGCCUGGCAAGCCAGUGGUCCUGGAGUUUUGGAUUGGUAGCGAAUGGACUGGGGCUUUUGAGUCGAUCAAGCGCAGCCUCCGCAGCGUGUUCAGCUCGCAACAGAUCAGGUUCCAGAGUCGCCGGGACCCUCGCGUCAUCCACACCUGCUCGAAGUUGGUCGCCAAGGUUGGCCGCGGGAUUGUCCUCUGGGACCGUGACUCGAUGCUGAUGUUCAAGGACGAUCCGUUCAUGAACCAGGCAACAGCUGGCAAGUGGAUCAAGGAAGUGCUUCUCCAGUGCCUUCCAGAUGUUAUAAAUGCUGCCAACGUGAGGCUGCUGAAGAGAAAGAAGUUGCACGUUUGUUUUGAAUGCGGAAAAUCCUUGGAAGGCUCGCGAUACCUCAAUGUCUUAGAAUACAAGGUGUGCAGCAAGCAUUGCGCGGGACUGCUCAAGGCACGCGCGGUGAUUGAAGAUUGA